AUGGAAGUCAAAGGUUUACAAGAGCUGCAACCCUCUCUGGUCAAAUAUGAUAUCACCAAACUCUGUUUCAACUCUGCUGGGAACAUUGUCAUCUUCUGGAACGCGCAGCCUCAAGGUCCUGAGAGUUUUGAGCUUUGGUCUGCCGAGAUUUCCGUCGAGGAUGCUGAGGUUUCCGUAGAGGGACACACGGUAUACCAGAUGUGGGGAAAGAUUGAGUGGUCCGCUGCUGUUUUAAAACCUGAUCCUCCUCUCUUACACUCAUGUGGCGUUGAGGUCUUGUUUGCUGGUUCUGUCUUUGCAUAG